CUUGGACAAGGAUCUUGGUCUUGGCUUGCGCCCUGCCCUAUCGCUCGCGCUCUUUCACUAACUUCCCAUAAUCCUGCGCCUGCUAAUCAUCAACAAAACCAUCGUCAAAACCAAAGCAUAACCAAUUCAGCUACGCCAACCUCGUGUAAUUCGCCCCCAUCUAACCUAGGCUUUCAUAGCACUGGCAUCUCUAUUUUUUCUCUCACACACACACCCCCAAUAUCUUCACGCUCGCCAUCACAUCACUCAACGAUGGCGUCCACUCUAUUCUCACAGUCUUUGUUCUCCGCCCAGACGUCUUCCAAGUCGCCGAUUUCGAAGAAAAUCGCGCCCCUCUCAGUUUCAGUCAAGCUAUUUCCGAACAUUUCCAGAUCCGAUGUCGUUUCAACGCAUUCUAAGAAGACCCAAAAAAUUUUUAUCGCCAACUCCGCAUCAUCCGGCGAUGGAAGCUCCACGGCGGAGACCCCAAUCGAACUGAGGUAUCCUGCAUUUCCCACGGUCAUGGAUAUUAAUCAGAUUCGGGAGAUUUUGCCUCACCGGUUCCCCUUUUUGCUAGUGGAUAGAGUGAUUGAAUAUACUCCUGGGGUGUCGGCCGUUGGAAUCAAGAAUGUGACUAUAAAUGAUAAUUUUUUUCCCGGUCAUUUUCCAGAGAGGCCAAUAAUGCCUGGUGUGUUAAUGGUUGAGGCAAUGGCCCAAGUUGGCGGCUUGGUCAUGCUACAACCUGAGGUUGGAGGCUCACGGGAAAAUUUCUUCUUUGCUGGAGUCGACAAGGUGAGAUUCAGAAAGCCCGUAAUUGCAGGAGACACUCUUGUAAUGAGAAUGAACCUUGUCAAGCUUCAAAAGCGUUUUGGCAUAGCAAAGAUGGAAGGCAAGGCAUAUGUUGGUGGUGAUGUAGUUUGUGAGGGUGAAUUCUUGAUGGCUAUGGGAAGUGAGUGAUAUGCUCAUUUUUAUUUAUUUGGUUUUGCUGUUGUAGUUUUGCAGAUGUUUUAAGUUUAUGUCCUGCUUAAUUUUCUUUAGUCCUUGUGUUUGUGAGGGUAAUUUUUGCGAUCGUUCACUGUUUUCUUGUUUUGAGCUAAAAGACUCAUGUUUGGCUGCUGAAAAUAAAUUUUCGGUGUUAAAUGGUGGCUGAAUCCUGCUUCCCAUUUGCCUAUUGGUCCCUUAAUUUUCACGAAUGAUACAAUGUUCGCACAAAAGGAAUGCGGAUUGCAGAUGUGAAUCCAAGUAAU